AUGGCCUGCUUCAGAGCCCGUUCCCGUUCCCUGCCGCUGCUGCUCCUCUGCCUCUCGUUGGCCACUUGGCGGACGCCUUUGGUCAGCGGCCAUCUGAACAUUUUCAUCAGCCACCACGAGGUGAUGAAACUGAUGGGACUCGAGGCGGAUCUGUUCUACGUGCACGAGGGAUCCAUUAACACAUACGCGAUGCACUUCACCGUCCCGGUGCCCGCGGACGUCCACGAGCUGGAGUUCUCCUGGCAGAGCCUCAUCGCCUAUCCGCUGCCCUACGCCAUCAGCAUCGAGUACGCCAACGACCAGGACGCCCUGGGCACCCCGACGCUGAGCAUCCCCCACAAGGGCCUGGUGCCGCAGGAGAUCGAGUCCUUCCUGGUGUACCUCCCGUGCACGGGCAACGCCAGCCUCCAGCUGCCCGUCAACGUCAACAUGGUGGUGCGAGGACCCCCGCGCUUCAACGACACCAGGCUCCACUUCAAGCGCAACAAGAUCUGUGCCAAGGGCAUCUCACCCGAACCGAACCAAUCGCCGGCCCCCGCCCAUGCCCCCUCCCAGGGCCCUGCCUUGCUGAGUGCCGCAGCGGGCUGA